AUGGAUGCCCUUUUUGCUAAAGGAAAAGAAUUUCUUAGUUCCAAAGAUAAAGAUGAUGACAAAGAAACUUCCAAUCGAACAAAACAUCAUGAUGACGUGGAUGAUUCCGAUGACCGCCCUGAGAGGAAAACUUCCGGCAAGUCCUGCGGUCGUGGCGGCGGCGGUCGAGGUGGUGGCCGGUCGGACGACGACAGUGACGGCGAGAGGCCGUGCGGAGCCGGACGUGGUGGUGGUAAGACGGCGGCAGGCAGUGCCGGCCGCGGUGCUCCUAACCCAAAUGAGCACAAACAACCAACAACCUCUGAGCUAAUGGCUAGCGCGAAGUUGGUGGCUGCAGCUGCACAGUCCCAAUUAGGUGGCGGCGGCGAGGGCAAGCCAAAAGAAGAAUUGGACACCGGAAAGCUUGCUGGAGCCGCCGCUGACCUCCUUGCGGCCGCUACCCAUUACGGGAAACUAGGAGAUGAUGGAAUCGGUAAGUAUAUCGGCCAAGCUGAGGAUUAUCUCCAUGGCUACGAGCUUAAGAAUGUGAAACCCAACAAAGCUGGUGCUGGUGCUAGUGUUGGAUCCAAAAAAAGUACUUCUAGUAAUGCGGAGAGCAAGAACUCAUCGGAGUCCCUCCCACGGGGCAAUGCAAGAGAUGAUGAUGAGCGCGGAGAGCAUGCCAGGAAAGAGAAGAAGAUACCAUCAAAGAAACAAUCCGGUGACAAUUACGGUCAUGAUCGUGAGGAAGGUGAUGAAGAUCAUGCUAGAGGCCACGACGAACAUAUGCCAAAGGGUAAAGAGAUGCCUAAGAAACAAGUUGGUGACCGUCAUGGACAUGAACAUGAACGUUCAAAGGAAGGUGAUGAUCAUUCCGGAGAUGAGUAUGGCGAGCACACAAGGAAAGGUAAGGGAAUGCCUAGGAAACAAUCUGGUGAUCGUGACAACCGUGAACGUUCAAAGGAAGAUGAUGAUCACUCGAGAUCUGGACGUGGUGAAAGUAAAGGAAUGCCCACGAAAAAAUCUGGGGGUCAUGGACAUGAUGAACAUUCAGAUGAAGAUGAUAGUCGCUCUGGAGGGGGGUAUGGCGAUUACAUCAAAAAAGCUCAAGGAAUGAUCAAGAAAAAAUCUGGAGAUGAUGAUAAUCCAGAGAAAGGUGAUGGUGAAUCUGGUGGAGGGUAUGGCGAUUAUAUCAAAAAAGCUCAAGGAUUUCUCAAGAAAAAGUCGGACAACGGUGAUGGAAGUCCAAGGGGUGAGGAUGGAGAUUCUGGAGGUGGGAUGGGUGGGGUCAUGAAAAUGGCUCAAGGUAUGUUCAAGAAAGAUUCCGACGAUCGUGAUGGAAAUCGUAGCCCCACCAAACAUUCUAAUGAGGAAGAUGGGAACAAAACAGAUUAUCUUAAGAUGGCUGGAAGUUUUUUCAAGUAAUAAUAAUUAAAAAGCAUA